AUGUCACAUCCCGAUCAGAGGACGCCUGACGAAUGGCGCGCCGUCUUGAACAAAGAGCAAUUCCGUAUCUUGCGGGAGAAGGGCACUGAGCCGCCGGGCUCCGGCAAGUUUGACAAGCACUACCCCUCUGACGGCGUCUACACAUGCGCAGGAUGCGACGCGCCUCUGUACAAGGCCACCCACAAGUUCAAGUCUGGCUGCGGCUGGCCGGCAUAUUUUGACAGCAUCCCCGGUGCGGUGACUCGCCACGAGGAUAAGAGUCACUUCAUGGUACGCACCGAGAUCGUCUGUACCAACUGCGGUGGUCACCUGGGCCAUGUAUUCAAGGGCGAAGGCUUCCCGACCCCCACCGAUGAGAGGCACUGCGUCAACAGUGUCAGCCUGAACUUCUCUCCAGACGACAAACCAGUUCAGAAGGAGGAUACUACAGGGAGCAAAGUACUCGAUCUCGUGCCCCUGAUUCUUCUCCGCCCGCCGUUAUUGAAAAGAAGCAAGAUGGCUACCCUCACUUCCAACAAAACCCACCAGCUGAAGCCUGUCGACGGUGUCUCCAUGGAGUUCAAUACCCGUGAGGAGGACGAGGACCCGUAUCGUGAACUCCGUCUCGCCAUCGCCGCCAUGAAGGCUUCCGCUGCUGCUGCUGGCAUCACCAAGCCCAAGCGAAAGUAUGUCCCGAAGGUCAGCUCCUUCAAGAGAGGCGGCCAGAUUUUCCUGCGCAUCACGCCUCCGACCCCUAAGUAUCGCGCCACGAUCUUCAAGCACCAGGGUCUGCGUACGAUGCGCAUCGAUGCCAUCAAACUGCACAUCGACUCCCGCGACGACGAGCGCAAGGCUCGCGCGUGUGGCUCUGAGUACUCCAGCAGCGAUUAG